CCCUGAGUACUGGUGUGCCUGAUGACUGAGAGGAAGUUUUCCUGCACUCCGGUCAGGAAGGAGGUGGUGGUGAAUGGCUUGACGGGUCACUUUAAAUAGCAGCCGUAAUUGCGCAAGGAUGGCGGGCUUGGCGCCCUCGGAAUACACGCUGCCCGAGGAGGAGAGAGAAUUUCAGAAGGUUCUAGCUUUGAUCGGAGGUAAAGAGAGGAUUUAUUUGGUGAGUGAUCAGUGUAAACAUAAAGAGGUGGACGGGGAUGACGCCGGAGUGUUGCAGGAGUUCGUCCUCGAAAUGUUUCCUGGGAGCCUGGCGAACAGCCGCAGACAGCCACUCUUCUCUCUGUCCAGCAGCAGUCACGGUGAUAGUGCAACUGCAAACCAAAUGACAGAAAGUGAUAAAGGCAAUGAAAUACCUCUCACAGCGAGGCUCAAGGAUUUGGAUUUGAAAGACUGUGGUCAUGGAGAGGACGGGGACAACCAACCAACGCGCAAUGGCAACGCUCAGAGAACAGCAACGAGGACUGCAAACAUUUACAGCCUAAAGCGAACCAUAAACUCUCCUGUCGUCAUAUUCAUCUUCCGGCAGACAUUUCUCAGCAAAAAUUCUAAUCAACUGUGCUUACAGGAGAUCCUGAAGGACGUAAAGGCACGCACGAAACGUGCCAGAGUAGCCCGACCAGCUUUGAUAGGAUUAGUACGCACCAGACAGGAGAACGCCGAGACGCAUCGAUGUGCGCAACUCCUGGAGCGUCUGCUCCGCUCAGUGUUUCACAAACAUUCACCAGAGACCAUGUGGGUCGGCUGUUUCAUCCCGAAGACAGAAGCCACAGUGCUCAACAUCAAGAAAAACGCCUGCAAAGUUAUAAACUCGUCGCAAACAGCAGAUAAUACCGGGGAUAGAGGGAACCCGCUUUUCUGGCCAUUCCAAUGUUUGUUCUGGCCUCAGAGAAGAGGAGCAAGAGGCCAGAGCAACAGCUCUUCAACCAGUGGGAAAAGAGGUGAGCCUGUACGUACAGAGGAAAGAAUCCCCCUGAAAACGAGUUCCUUGUCUGCUGGACCUCCUGUGGAAGAAUUAGCUGAAGGAGACAGCUGAUGACAUGACACAUGACCUAUACGGCUGGAGACAUAUCACUGUGGACAAUCCCGGUUUUACUGUGAAGUUGGCCUCAUGGUGCUUCAGGGCCUUACUGCGGGUUAGAGUGUUAUUUCACGGUGCUCAGUAUUUCCACUGUGAAGCCACCAUGAUUUAUGUCCUGAAGUAACACGUCCCUAAAUAGUAGAAACUGUUGUUAUCUCGCUCGUUUACACAUUGUCUUUGUCUUUGAUGAGCAAAAGUUAGCCACAAAGGGUUUUACUGUGUGUGUCAAGGGGUGAUUCCAGUUGAUCAGUUAGUCAUAUAAACUAUAUCACAUCAUUUGAUACUAAUUAUUUCGUCUUCCUUUUUGUCUUUCUUGUGUGUCUUUUUUUCGGACAGACAGAGACUCAUCUGUUAUUUUAGUAGGAUACAUUUUGAAAACUGUGUAGUUAGAAAGCUCACAGCAAAGGUACUCAUUUAACAUGAAACACUGCUGGAUUAACAAAUGGGCCCAACUCUGGUGGCCUCAAAGCCCUAGAUUUAUUGUAUGUCAAGUUGUUUGUACUAAUUUGACAAUUUAUUUGAUAAUAUACAUCACCAAAUCAACUGACAUACCGGUUAGUGCCUUAGAUGGGGUGCUUCUUCAUUAGAAAGGGCCCAGCAGCUAUUUUCCCCCCUCAGGAUCUUGCUCAUAAUCCGGCUAUCGUCUAUUAAUGUCAGUCUUUUCUUUUUUUCACUGUAUUAGAAUUGUGUGCCUUACAUAAUUGCUAUUGACAAUAGCAGUAUCAGUGAUAAAAAUGGAUGAAACCAUUUUCACUUGUUAUGUAUUUAUGUAAUAUGUAAAUAAACAAAUAAAUAAAUAAACUCCUAUG